AUGACUGUCGCCGAGUUGUUCAAUUGGCUAUGCGUAACUUUUGCUUUGGUAUCAGUGACACACUGCGAGUACCGAAUAAAGUUGGAUGCUAUCUAUAACGCAUUCCAACAAAAUGUGGGAUUUUCUGCAAGAAUUUGGAUUGGGAAUUCAAACAAAGCCUUAAAUGUUCUGCUCGAUACCACCACACCUCUGCUUUGGGUCGCUGGGUCAGAAUGCAGGCAGUUUUUCGAAAUCCAAUCGUGUACAAGUAAGAGGGGAUAUUUGAGUUCUGAAUCGACUAGAUACAGAGCAAAUAGUCCAAGUAAAACGUUUACUUUUAGCAGUGAAGAGCAAUAUUUGAUUGCAUCACAAGUCAGUAAUAACAUUACUAUUGAGCUAACAAGCAGAGAAAAACUGAAGUUCGUGAAUUCUGUAUUCAACAUACCUGAAUACAUAAUAUGGUCAAGAUGGACAACUGAUUAUGAAAAAUUGGAUGGAGUUCUCGGACUAGUAUUUACAAACAUUAGUAGCAAUUUUACAGAUAAUCCAAUUAAGCAAGUGAUUCAGAAAACCGAAAUUGAACCAAUUAUCACAUUGGCUUUGCCUCCAAAGGAAUCCAACGUGAUUCCAGUGUUAACGCUUGGUGCAAUCGACCAUUCCUUGUGUGAUUCAAGAAUCCGUACAUCUGAAAUGGUUUCAUCAUUAGAAAAUCGCUACAAUUUCAAUUAUUCUUCUAUAUCCGUGGGAAAUGCGACAUUUUCCUUCACAAAGUGGAAAAAAAUUGCAUACAUUCACGCUAGCUCACUGUUCAUCACAGUUCCAAAAGAAUUAAUGCAAGAAAUUGUAAAAAAUCUCGAUGCAGAGGAUUUGGGUAAUUGUACGUUAGCUAUCAAGAGCGAGUGGAAUUCAUUUGCCACAGUAACACUGGGGAUACCAUUUCUGAAUCAGUACUGCGCAGUGAUGGAGCCUACUGCUCAGCGUAUCACUUUCCUUCCAAUGAAAAAAAAUUUCAUGCGAGAAUUUGCUAAUUCUCCAUAA